AAAAAAAAAAAAAAAAAAAAUGGCUGAAACAGAAGGAAAAAUAGUGGACAACAAACAGAUUAUAUUCAAGGGCUACAUAGAAGGACCACCAAAGGAAACAGAUAUGGAGUUGAGAUUGGGGAAGAAGAUUAAGCUGGAGGCUCCUAAAGGGUCAGGGGCAUUUUUGGUCAAGAAUCUUUAUCUCUCAUGUGAUCCCUACAUGCGUGGCCGAAUGCGCGCUUCUCAGGACUCCUAUAUUCCCCCUUUUGCCCCUGGCUCUCGUAGGGAUCCGAAGUUGCAGUCCUUCGAACAGCUAAACCAGAAAGCGAGGGAUCCUGUCUUCCAGUUCUUCGGGCUUAUCCGAUCCGGUUUGCCAUUUCCAGUAGAAGCAGGAGAAAAAGUAGCCAGUCUUCCACGGGUCCCGGGGAAGAAGGAAUUCGUAUUGUUUGAUUUGAGGCUUUGGGGUUCGGAAUUGCUAUUGCAUCCUUUCGCAAGAAUUAAGGUCGUUGAAGGAUUUGGAGUGUCGAAAGUGCUCGACUCGGAUAACCCGAAUUUCAAAGCAGGGGAUAUAGUCUCUGGUUUUACAGGUUGGGAAGAGUACAGUUUAAUUCAUGAAUCACCACAGUUGAGAAAAGUGGAGCCAAAUGACAUGCCAUUGUCAUAUUACUUAGGUCUCCUGGGCAUGCCCGGAUUCACGGCUUAUGUUGGAUUUUACCAAGUUUGUGCUCCUAAGAAAAACGAGUUUGUUUUUGUGUCGGCAGCAUCUGGGGCCGUGGGGCAGCUCGUUGGCCAGUUAGCUAAGUUAUACGGGUGCUAUGUGGUUGGAAGUGCAGGGACCAGCCAGAAAGUGGAUCUCCUCAAGGAUAAGCUUGGAUUUGAUGAUGCUUUCAACUAUAAAGAGGAACCUGAUCUUGAUGCAGCUCUCAAAAGAUGUUUUCCACAAGGAAUCGACAUAUACUUUGAGAAUGUGGGUGGGCCCAUGCUCGAGGCCGUGCUACUCAACAUGAGGCUUCAUGGCCGCAUAGCCGUAUGUGGAAUGGUCUCCCAACACGGGACAUCCGAUCCACAAGGGAUCAAAAACUUAUUCAGCCUUGUAUCAAAGCGUGUGCGAAUGCAGGGCUUUCUCCAAAGUGAUUACUUGCGCUUGUUCUCAAGGUUUCUUGAGGAUGUUACGGGUCUUUACAAGCAAGGGAAGAUAACCUACUUAGAGGACAUGAAUGAAGGGUUGGAGAGCGGGCCUUCUGCGUUUGUUGGCUUGUUUUCGGGUAAAAAUGUGGGCAAGCAGGUUAUACGUGUUGCUCCUGAGUGAAAACCGGGAUUUUUUUUUUUUUUUUUUNU